AUGGUGUUUUUCGCAAUUUUGAUGAGUGCCACACUUCUGAAGAUCGCAUCUCCGCACGGAGCAUAUUAUCCUAAUCACUGGUAUGGGUCUAAUUCAGCAAGUAUUCAAUCGGGUGUUGCUCCAGUACGGGGUCCCGCACCUUCUAAUGCAGGCACUUUGGCACCUUACGUAUGUGGAUUCAAUCCUUUCACAAGGAAAUGCAUGGACCCAGAACAUUACUGUCCUGGACGAUGUAUGAACUUCCGAUAUACCUACAAUACCCUGUAUGAUUGUAGAUGUCUUGUUGUUAAUGAAUAA